GUAUGCCGAUUGAUUGUUAUGAGACGCUCCAUACUAGUUACGAACGUAAACAAUCCUGAACCUUAGUGAUAUAAGAGACUAUCCAUAAAGCCAGUGUUCUGGACAUUGAACAAAAGCUGAAACUGUACUUAUAAGGCUCCGAUGCUCAGAGCAGACGCAUGUGCCUCCAUUUUUUGGAUUUCCUGAUGUUCCUGUGCCUGGAACCGGAGGGAGGGCCCAACGCUUGGAAUUAAUGUAUUCCCGUCGAUAUCCAAUUCGUCGGGUAGGGUGGCCAGUAGUGGAGCAUGUCCAGGAGAGCUUUUGUUGGAUCAAGUGGCACCUACAACGUGCGCGCCUCAGAAUUAGCUCGAGAGAAACGUGUCAAAACCAUCCGAUGUACUGUUUUCUUCCUGGACGACUCCCAGCAGACUUUUGAAUUAGAUAAACGAAGUAAAGGCCAGAUUCUUUUAGACAUGGUAUUUCAACAUUUAGAAUUAAUCGAGAAAGACUAUUUUGGUUUGCAGUUUUCUGAAAAUGAUCACUCAUCUGACACCAUGAGGUGGAUGGAUGCUGCUAAAUCGAUUAGGAAACAAAUUAAAUUGGGUCCUCCAUAUCUGUUAUAUUUUAGAGUCAAAUUUUAUGUCUGUGAUCCUAGUAAACUUCAUGAAGAAUACACAAGGUAUCAUUUCUUCCUGCAGCUGAAGAAAGAUAUACUUGAUGGCAAACUUAUAGUUCCUUCAGCAACUUCUGUCUUAUUAGCAAGUUACGCUGUUCAGUCUGAAAUUGGAGAUUUCAAUCCUGAAGAGCACAAAAAUGGGUAUUUAUCUGAAUUGCGUCUCAUACCCAAUCAAACAGAAGAAAUGGAAAAGAAAAUAAUGGAAUUGCAUAAAUUACACAAAGGGCAGACACCAGCAGAUGCGGAGUAUAAUUUUUUAGACCAUGCAAAGAGGUUGGAUAUGUAUGGUGUCGAUUUACAUAGGGCAAGGGACUCCACAAAUGCGGAUAUACAACUUGGUGUAACAUCAUCUGGUCUUGUUGUCUUCCAAAAUAAUUUAAAAAUAAACACAUUUUCAUGGGCAAAAAUUGUCAAAAUUUCUUUCAAAAGAAAACAAUUUUUUAUCCAGUUAAGAAGAGAAGGAACCGAAACUUAUGACAGCUUGUUAGGUUUUAAUAUGUUAAGUUAUCGUUCCUGUAAAAAUUUGUGGAAAUCAUGUGUAGAGCAUCACACAUUUUUUCGUUUACAUGUUCCAAGAGCUCCUACUCGUAGGCUAUUAUUCAGCUUAGGGUCAAAAUUUAGGUAUAGUGGAAGAACUGAAUAUCAAACAUUAGAAGAUGGAAAGCACAAAGCUAGAACAGAGAGAAUAUUUACUAGGUCACCAAGCAAAAGAUUUGCCAGACAGACUGUACCACAGAUGACACGAGAAGCUCUGGAGAGCUGGGAGAAGAAAGUGUCAAAGCCAGUUGCUCGUAUAAAUGGUACAUCUACUUCACAUAUCCGCCCAUAUGACAGUUUCAAUCAUAAGAUUCAGGUGUCUGAGCCAGAACAUAGGCCAAGAAAAGCAUGGGCUGAGACACCAAGUCCAGAAAUAACUGCCUUUACACCAUCCAUUCCGCCCAAACUGAUGAACUAUGUGGAUGAUGAUAAUGUUACUGAUGAUCUAUAUGAAAGGACAUCUUAUAUGUCUGACAGCCAUGAUUUGAAUAAUCAAAAAGACCUUGAACUAGUCCAUAAUAUUCUGUUUAGUGAUGGAAAUGAGGAAUUAAAUGCUGAGGAAUUUGAUGAAAGGGAAAAGACAAAAGCACUAAAUGGGCGAAAUCGCCCGGAAGUUGGAUCGCAGAAUAUUCCCACAAAAUUACCUGGAAUAAUUGGAAAUGCAAAAGGUAUAAAACUAUAUACGACUCUUGGAACUUUUUUUAUUCUGAUCGAAUAUUGGAAAUUGAAAUACACUAACAAAUACAUUUCUACAAGUUCUGAUCGAUUUAGUAGAGAAAGAGAUACAAGACUAACAGAUAUCAUUGAAAUAAAAGCAUUUAUAGGUUUACUUUUAUUAGCUGACGUUCUGCGAGGUAAUCGACAAAUUUUGGAAGAACUGUGGUCUACUGAUGGAAUGGGUGUUGAGAUGUUUAGAACGGAUACCAACUGUAUUGAGAGACUAAGGCGUCAUAAGUUAGGUGAUAUGAAUAUGGCAAUGCAAGGGCUAUCUGCCAAGGGGGAGGUGAGCAACUGUAACUUGUUUCGUGGUUCCUUUGGACUAGUUCCGUGCAUGGAGGUGCUUCAUACUUGGGAUUUCGUUGUCGGCUCGGCUCUUACCAAUUGGCGAUUGGAAGCAUUUCCGUGGGAGUUUUUUCUGCGAUAUCGCAAAAAGACAAAUGGCCAUGAAGAAUCACAAGGAUUAGCAACUAUCAGAAUGAAACCUGAUGAGCAGGGUCGUUUUGGAUUUAAUGUUAAAGGUGGAGCCGAUCAGAACCUUCCUAUUCUGGUUUCGAGGGUGGCCCCAAACACUCCUGCUGAUACUUGCAUUCCCAGAUUAAAUGAGGGUGAUCAAGUACUAAUGAUAAAUGGCCGUGAUGUUGCAGGAUUGACACAUGAUCAGGUUGUGAAACUCAUACGAGCAUCGAGAGAACGACAUCCGGCGGAACUCCUGUUGACGGUACGUCCAAAUGUCUAUGUUGGAGAAGAUGUGGAAGAACCUGACUUCCAGUACAUACCUGAUGCUCCCCACGUAUCCUCCAAAGUCCCUCGUUCUGAUGUACUUGCAGAAUCCAUGCUGUUGCUCAGUGAAGGUCUGGAGAGUGGUGCUGUUAUAGCACAGUUUGAACAAUUAUAUAGAAAGAAGCCUGGAAUGACGAUGAAUAUCGCAAAAUUGCCAGAAAAUCUUAUUAAAAAUCGAUAUAGAGACAUAUCUCCUUAUGAUAGCACAAGGGUCAUUCUGCUUAACAGUUCUAAUGGUGAUUAUAUAAAUGCAAGCCAUGUACAUAUGGAAAUUCCCACAUCAGGAAUUAUCAAUCGAUACAUUGCUACACAGGGACCUCUGUCAAACACUACAUCAGAUUUCUGGCUGAUGGUGUGGGAGCAGCAAUCUACAUUGAUUGUAAUGGUUACCACUUUAAUGGAAAGAGGAAGAUCAAAAUGUCAUAAAUAUUGGCCUAAACUGUAUGAUACGUUGGAUCUUGGAAUGUUGCGUAUUACUUGCAUACGAGAGCAGGAGAGUUUAUCAUUUGCAUUUAGAGAAUUUACUUUGAUAAAUUCUGAGAAUAAUGAAGAAAGGCAUAUUACACACAUGCAGUACACAUCUUGGCCGGACCAUGGAGUACCAGAUGAUGCCUCAGACUUUUUAGAAUUUGUCUCACAGGUUCGACAAAAUAGAGUCGGAAUGGUUGAUUCCACAAUUGUCCAUUGCAGUGCUGGCAUUGGAAGAACUGGUGUUUUAAUUUUAAUGGAAACUGCCAUGUGCCUUAUCGAAGCCAAUGAACCUGUCUAUCCUCUAGACAUAGUGAGGGCUAUGCGAGAUCAAAGAGCGAUGCUUAUUCAAACAACUAGUCAGUAUAAAUUUGUUUGUGAAGCCAUCUUAAAAGUUUACAAUGAACGAAUUGUUAAGCCUUUAGAUGAGUACCAAAGAUGAGAAAUGAUCCAAUGUAAUUAAUUUUUGUGAUCCAGCUGAUGCUUUACAGUGCCUACCUUUGUGGUUCCCAUAAGCACAAACUACUUUAAGAAGAUAAUUUCUUCUUUUUGGAAGUCUGAAAGGAGUUGGUAAUACAACCUACUCUUUCUCUCUGGAAGUCUGAAAAUGGCUGGUAGUGCAGUACAUUGAAUCCUCACAAACACUGAAUGUGUCUCAGGCACCUUCAUAUUCAGAUUUAAGAAUUUGAGUGUCGAGUGAUUGUUUUGCUGUUAGUCUUUUAAUGGGCAUUGAUAGUCUUCAAUUUUUAUUAGCUUUCAGAAAUGCUGUAUUGUUGGUGCUUCUGUUAACCUGUAGUUAGCCCACGAACCAUCAUCAUAUUUACCAUGGGCAUAGUUCUUGGUAUAUUUGUAUGGGUUUAUUUUUGUAGAACAUUUAUACAUUGUACAUAAAAAUAUCUAACUGUAGAUAAUCCACAUAUGGGUGCAUGGAGCAUUUCAUUCGUCUGUAUAGUGUAUGUACUGUAUCAUUUGUUCCCCGCCUGUCUACAUAAUUUAUAUUCACUGUAUUAUUAGCAAAAAAUAAUAAUUUAAACCAUAAAGUAUUAUAAUGUAAAAAAAGAUUUUGUAUCUAUAAUGUAAAGCUUAAUUUAAAAGCUGUACAUAAAUUGAAUGCACAAAUUCAAGAGCAGAAAAUUGAGAAAAAUAUUGAAACCUUUUUUUUUUUUUUUUUUUUUUUUUUUUUUUUUUUUUUUUUUUUUUAUGGUGGAUAACAGAAAAUUCAUUGUUGAGUAUUUGGUAGUGUGCAAAUGAGUUUGUUUGAAUUAUGUUCUAAGUAUUACUGUGGAUUAUGUUCGAUAGAUUGCUCUGAAUUUUGUGAUCAAUUGUGCCAUAGAUUUUUCAAGAUACAAACUGAAAAUUUUAUUUAAAGUACUGUAUAUUCAUAACUGUGCUAUUUUAAAAAAUGUUUUCAUGUUUUUUUUUAUUUUAUAACUAUUGCAUUAAUUUAUAAUUAAUAACAUUAUUUACGUUCAAAUUUCAGUAUUUCAACUUGGAAAGAAAGAAGAAAGUUAUAAAUUUUAUGUGAUAUAAAAUGUGAAAUAUAUGUCAGGCCCACAAAAGUUCUUACUCAGAAUUUAUUUUCAUAAUUAUUGGCCGUAGACAUAUUUUGUUAUACAAAAAUUUUUAAAUGAUGCAAAAAUUCGUGUUUUUGUACUUCUAAAUAUAAAAAAAUUUUGUAUAAAAUACAAAAUCUUACUUUUACAUGUUCCUCCACCACUCUAACUUACUUUAUUUAGGAAAAAUUUGAACUUUUCCAAUACUUAUAUUUAGGAAAAAUUUGAACUUGUUAUAAAAAAAUAAAGUGCACAAAGUUUGAAUUCCGUACAGUGCUUGAGAUAUUUGCUACUAAAAUAAUAAAUCAUAUUGAAGGGGCAUAUAUAAAUUGAAAAGCAAAAUGUUUGCAUUUGUUCAUAAGGAAUAAUAAAAUAUAAUUCAGAAAAAGGUUUCUGAUGUUAAGAGAUUAAGGAACAAGUAUUCCUGUGCAGAUUAUUGUGAAACUUGUUAAUUAAUAUAAUUUUCUUUCGAAAUGAGGAUCUUAUUCACAGAAUGUUAUAGAAUUUGUAUUCUAGCGAACACUAGCAGGUUCCAGUCUUGCCACGUAGCCAACUCAUAAUAUUAUUUGCAUUAAUUAAAAAAGAAAACAGUUGUACUUUAAUAAAUUUUUUGUACAGUUACCAAAUUGUGAUUCUGAAAUAAUGAAAUUUCAUGACAAUAUUAAAACAUAUUUUUAGACUUUGGAAAUUUAAUAUCACUUGUGUGAAAAUUCUUUCAGCAUACCAAAUGUAACAAAAUUAUAAAUUUAAAAACUAAUAAGUCACAAAAGAAUAUUAUUGAAUACAUUUAAUGGGACAAUAAUCAGCCUUAGAUUAUUCUAAUUUAUAUAUUAACUGACUCCUCAACAUAAAUUUAAUACGAUGUCAAAAUUACAAAUUUUGAAGUCCGAAUAUCCCUGUCAAUUUUUGUCAUACAGUAGUCAACAUUUUUGUGUUUAUUUUUCAUGACGAUUAUAAUACUUUCUUAAAUAUGAGUAUAGAGACUGGGAGAACUUAUAAAAGUUACAUUUAAUAGUUUUUAGAAAAUUUAUUUAUUUAAAUUUGACAAAACACAAAACUUUGCAGCAUUCAAAACAUUUUUGUAGAUGAGAACCAUAUAUCUACAACCAACAGUUGUGAAAAUAAAGGUUCAGUUAGGGCUUUGUGGAUGUAUUGUAUUUUGCAAACAUACCAAUUAUAUCAAUAUUUCAAGGUAUCCUUGUUUAAAUCUGUUAAUUUAUUCCAGUUAUGAAAUCUAAUGUAUUGUCCUAGUCAGAUGCUUAGAACAGUAUUAAAAAGCAAAGUAUAUCUAGGACGUAAACAUACUUUGUAUAUCAGGUUGUUAUAGAUUUGAUUGGAGAAAUUUAAGAAUUGUGGUUUCGUCAGAAUUAUUCUGGCCAAAAAUAUUAACAAAAUUUAAAUAUUUUUCAUCCGAAUUUGUGGGAUUUUACUGUCUUUAUGAAUCUGAACUUUAAAAUGAGAAUAAUUAUUCAGUAAUAAUGUCUGAAGUUUCUGAAGAAUACAUUUUAUCCUAAAAUUAAGCACCUUAAAUUUAUAAUUAUUAUUCUGAAAUGUUUUUCUGUAUGUGUUAAUAGUUAAAUUAUUCAUGACCCUUUAAAUGAGCCUUUAAAAAAAGUUAAUCAGAUUUGUGAAAGAAUCAUGUAUCUGUGGUCUGUUGUUUCCAACCGGAACACACAAGAAAUAAAAUGAAGAAAAGAUUUGGGGGAGGUGUAAGUAUGAUUGCUUAAAAAAGUGUUCAUUAUCUAUCUACUCAUAAAAUAAUUAUGAGUAUCUUCUUCUCCCUAUUUUUAUUCUUCAUUGUCCAUAAAUUUGUCUCUGACCAUCUUUUACUCAACAACUAUCUGUACUGAAGGGAAAGAUUUCUUCUCUACUUAAAAUAUUCCUGCAAUAAUGGCUUUCAGAACUGAUUACGUCUCAAAGUAUAUUUUCUUGGUUGGUUUGAUGGACUGGCGAGGUCAUUGGUCGUUUCUUUUAUAGACUUAUUAGAGCAUCUUUAAGAAUCAUUUCCAUAUAGUUUUUUUAAUUGAUUUAUUAUUGUGAAUUUUAUUUUCUAUUAUUAUUAUUUUGUCAUCUUGUACUUUCAGUGUAUCUGUUUGAACUAAUCUGUCAUCUUAAAUUUUCAAAUAAGAUAUUUUAUACACAGUUUCUACUUAUUGAUUUCAAAAAUAGCUUAACAUUAUUGAAACUUCAAUUUAAAUUUCAGAAUCCAAACUUCGUAGUUAAUUUUUUUAACAAAAUACUUGUAAUCAACAUAAGACAGCUUAGCUUUCACUCUUAUUCCAGUAUCUCUGCUAUGUUUAUGGAGCUUAUGUUUUCAAAGUUUAAUAGUUUUAUACUACAAGGAAAGGGGAGCAGAACAUGUACAGUUACUCAAAACCAAGAUUUUCCCCCAUUAACACUAUUUAGUGGCAUUUUUAUUAAUUAAUUAAUUUUUAUUUUACCAGAAAGGCUAUUAGAUGAAAAUAUCUGGUUGACAAUAUGAUUUUUCUGUUUAUAAACAUACUGUCAAUAACUUAAGUUUUUAAAUACAGGUGUUUUAAAAUCAGGACACAUUUCAAAUAGUUGCUCUUCAAUGAUAUACAAUCAUGUAUGAAAUAAGAGGAUUUUUCUUUUUUGUGGGGAAGGAGAGAAUUAUAGGGAAACAGUUCUUGUUUGAAAUAGCACUAGACUUUACUAUAAAGCAAUAAAUUCAUGAAUAUGACAAAUUUUAUAGAGCUACCUUAUGUACUAGAAUUCAUAUUCAGAAUGAAAUUUCAUGCAAGCUGCUUUUUUUUUUUUUUUUUUUUUUUUUUAAGGUUGGAGGGUUGAAGCACUCUACAGUUUCAAAAAUAUUAAGUUAUUUUUAAAAAUGUUAAGUGCUGAUGUAAACUGCAAUCAAAAGUCUUCUCGUUCAUGAAAAAUCUGUGCAAGAACCAUUCUUUUAAAUGUUUUCCUACCUUUUGCAGUCCUUCACUGUAUACAACAUUUCAUAUUAUCAGAAACACAGAAAGGUUACAAAUCUGCAAUUGUUAUAUCGCAUAGAAAAUAAAAAAUUCGCAUCAGAAAUACUUAUUUAGUGGCAGCAUGUCUAGUGUUGUCUAUACUUUAUAAAUCAUGAGAUCCUUUUGGAUACAGCAGCACCUGAUAUACAAAUUGUUAAAAAAAAUUCUGGUGGUUUUUUUUUUUUUUUUUUUUUUUUUUUUUUUUUUUCCCUUAGAUAAUUCUUUACUAUGCAUGAAAAAUAUAGGAAUGUACAUUUUUUUAAUGACUUUCAAACCAGUUUUUGUGUAUAUGCAAAAUGUUUAAAAUAUGUUGAAAUUUUCAGAAGAUACAAUUGAAAAUAUUUUUGUUUUUGCUCUGUAAUAUUAUUUCUAAGCAUCUGAAUAAUUUUUAAUUUUUAAUUUAUAGCAUAAUAUUUUUUAAACUUAUGACCAAGGUGCUCUAGAAAUUGACUGUGUUGAUUAAAUGACAGUCAUUCGUUUUGAUGUUCUUUUUCUUGCAGAUCUGUAAUAUGUUUACCCUUUUAUUUUUGGCCUUAGUAUUUGCUGGGAACAACUAACAUAACAUUAUUUUUUAACUUCAUUAAUCCAAUUUUAUAUGAACAUGCAAAACUGAAUCAUUAUGAUUAUUCAUGUGUCUUUCUACUGCAUUUUAUACACAGUGUCUGAUGUAUCUGCCAUAUAACUUAAACAAUUUUUAUAAUUAAUGUUUGUACAAUGUUUUGUAAAAGCAAGUCUUGUAAUUUAAAUUAUGAUCCUCCUUCCUUUUAAUGCUGGCAUAGUUGUCUGUCUUCAUGUGAGGUGUACAGUUUUAUUGAAUGGAGUUUUCAUUGUUAUUCUCCAAAAUGUACAGCCACCUGUACUUUAAAUGAAAGUACUAUAAAAAGAUUUGAAAAUAAAACUGUUGGGAAAUAUA